AUGGAGCCGACGUCAUCAGGCCACGCCCCCGGGAUCCCGUCGCCACGGCAGCUACACCCGGCUGGCUCCUCCCCCCUCUCCCUCACCCCCUCCUCUUGCUCAGUGAACGCUUGGUCCUGCAGAUGCAUCAGCUCUGAACUCUUACUGACCAUAACGAUUAUACGACUGAUGUCACUCCGGCCCCGUGCACAGCAGCUCUCGGGCCCCGUGCGCAGCAGCUCUCGUGCACAGCAGCUCUCGGGCCCCGUGCGCAGCAGCUCUCGUGCACAGCAGCUCUUGGGCCCCGUGCGCAGCAGCUCUCGGGCCCCGUGCACAGCAGCUCUCGGGCCCCGUAGCUCUCGGGCCCCGUGGCUCUCGGGCCCCGUGGCUCUCGGGCCCUGUGCGCAGCAGCUCUCGGGCCCCGUGCACAGCAGCUCUCGGGCCCCGUGGCUCUCGGGCCCCGUGGCUCUCGGGCCCCGUGCACAGCAGCUCUUGGGCCGGGACUGGCGCUCAUUAUUCACAGAAAUACGCACAGGAGCUCACACAGGAGCUCAGGAGCUCGCACAGGAGCUCACACAGGAGCUCACACAGGAGCUCACACAGGAGCUCACACAGGAGCUCGCACAGGAGCUCGCACAGGAGCUCGCACAGGAGCUCGCACAGGAGCUCACACAGGAGCUCACACAGGAGCUCGCACAGGAGCUCGCACAGGAGCUCGCACAGGAGCUCACACAGGAGCUCACACAGGAGCUCACACAGGAGCUCACACAGGAGCUCACACAGGAGCUCGCACAGGAGCUCACACAGGAGCUCGCACAGGAGCUCGCACAGGAGCUCACACAGGAGCUCACACAGGAGCUCACACAGGAGCUCGCACACGCCGCGGCACAAAACAUACCCACCGCACCUGAGGGGUCCCCGGAGACUGCACACGGAGCACCGGGAGGCUUAGUUGUCAGGAGUGGAUCUGGGAGACCCCCCACUGCAGUGCGGCCUCCCCCCACCGCCAUCCGAGUGGCCACCGGGAUGGUUCCUGGUACAGCAGGUCGAGGGCUCCCUGUGUCUGUCCCAGGUCUGCUGUCUGCUCAGAUCAAAGUGGCCGACAGACCUGUGACUCAGCAGGGGCUCAGCGGGAUGAAGACCGGGGUCAAAGGACCUCAGCGGCAGAUCCUGGACAAGUCCUACUACUUGGGCCUCCUCAGGAGUAAGAUCAACGAGCUGAGCACAGAGAACAGCAAACUGCACAAAGAGAUCGACAACUUUCACCAAGAAAACUCUGUGUAUCUGUCGUACGAGAAGAAAGCUGAGGGUCUGGCUGCAGAGAUCAAAGACUUCCAAGGACAGCUGGCAGAUUAUAAUAUGCUGGUGGACAACCUGAACACACACACAGACAUGGAGGAGAUGAUCAACGACUACAACACUUUGAAAGCUCAGAACAACCAGAAGGCUGAGAGCAUCGACAACAUCUUCACUGAGAGAAGAGAGUAA